CACAAUGUUUGGGGUCUGCACUGGAACAACCACUGUAAUGUGGAAGCCGGAUGCACCCAUGACGGAAGUGGCCGGGGCCAUAAAAAGACACAAGAUCACAGCUGUUGUCUGUUUUCCCGUCAUGCUACACAAACUCUCCGAGCACGUUGAACUCACAGGCGUUACCUUGGAUACGGUGAAAAAGAUCUUAUUCACCGGAGGCUGCAUUCCGACCACACUGGGCAGGAAGAUCCGUUCCCAGUUCUCCCUCGAAUGCUUCCGGAACUUGUACGGCCUCUCGGAAGCGCUCAGUCCCGCCUGCAUGCCGUCUUGGGACGAGACCGACUGCAACAACAUCGGCUUCCCAUCGGGCUUGGUGCAGCUGAAGGUUGUGGACGUGGAAACCGGUCUGCCAGUUGGUCCGUACAGGACAGGAGAGUUGCACAUCAAGGCUCCGACCGUCACUCGCGGCUACAGCCGUAAAACAGGAACCGUUAGCGCAGUCGACGAAGGUGGCUGGUUGGCAUCUGGCGAUCUUGUUUACUACAACGAGGAUGGCCGUUUUUAUUAUUACGAACGGAUGAAGAGCCUGAUAAAGUGCCUGGAUUACGAAGUGUCCCCUUCCGAGUUGGAGGAGAUUCUGCUGAGUAAUCCUUUUGUUGCCGAGGCCGUGGUCGUCGGUGUCCUUCAUCCGGAGUUUGGCGAAGUGGCGAAAGCCUUUGUCGCUCUCAAGGAUUCAGCGCGUCCAGGCAUGAGUCCUACAAGCGAGGAACUUCAAGAGUUCGUAGCAGUUGAGGCUUAG